AUGCGAAUAUCACUUCUGCUCAUUGCUGCUGUUGGCAGCGCACGUGCAGCUUGGCUGAAAUGGUCUGUGGAUUCCACGCCAACAUGGAAUCCACCGCGAGAGACAGGUCCGGCUGGAGAUGGAGACCAAGUAAUCGGCUGGACACCAAAACCCACGCAAGCACCUGGGUACAAGUCUGAUGGUGAUCUAGUGCUCGAUCUAUUGAGAAGGGAUACUUUUACAACGACGAACUGGACAAAUUCGGAGACGUGUGGUUGGGUAUCUGGAGUCUCAUCAUAUCCAUGGACUUGCGGCGAAGACUUCGAAUGCUCAACGAACGGCGAUCAUGCUGUAGCCUGCGUAUCCGGGGAUUAUGAGCCUUUCUUCAUCUCGUGUUUCGAUUUUCAAGCAUCAAAAGCUGGAUCUUGUGACAAUCUUGGCUCGAAUACAGGGUGUUGUCAAAGCUCGGCUGCUCCAGCAUGUGUUACGUACAUUUGGACGGGCUCACCAGUUCGCUCACAAUUCAAAUGUGGUACAGCCACCGCCAUUACGUCAAUGCUUGACGAGCCCCAGUUCGUCAUUGACGCCUCAAUUUCUGCCUCCAAAUCAUCAGAGUCGGCCGCGCUUGCAUCUUCAGAAUCAGCGUCACGGGCUUCUGUUUCGGCAUCACUAGCCUCGGAGGCAUCAGAGGCUUCACUGUCAAAAUCUACGGCAACUUUGAGCGACGGGACUACGGUAACGACGACAGCUGAACCUCUCAGUUCCGGCACAAGCACGAGUACCAACAAUACCGUCAACACAGGCGUCAUAGUUGGCGCAGCCGUUGGUGGCGGUCUUGGUCUUCUUUUGCUGUUGCUUCUAAUUAUCUGCUGCUGUCGCCGGAGGAGAAAGUCGAAGAAAACUAGCUACAACCUAUCCUACAAGAAGAACAAUAAUGAGAAAACCACUAUCUACGACAGCCGGAGGGAAAAACGCAGUGCUGAGCGAAGACAGCAUGGCCGCCAAGCUAGCCGGGCGAGAAGUCAGCGACCCAGUCUGGAAGAGGAUCACCGUGAUGAUGAGACAUAUCAGCAUGGCUUUAUUGGUGGACUCAGUGGACAAAGUCCGAGCGCACCUCGGCAGGCCCACGUUACCGGAGAUGAUAGGCCGGUAUACGCACCGCAGUAUCACUUUCACGUCGUCGAUGGUGGCAGGAAUUCGAGGCAAAGCAGCAUCGUAGAGACUACGAGGAAUUACCGAGACUCGUAG